AUGCGACCAAUAACCUACUGUGCAGGACAUAUAAUAGACUAUUUUUUUCUUGCCAAGAGAGUUAAUUCAAAGAUAUUCAUCAAUAUGUUGCUCUUGUUCAUUUUGACUUCAUUGGUUGGUUUGAAUAAUGGUGAAUGUGAAUUCAAAGGCAUCUUUAACUUUGGGGAUUCAAAUUCAGAUACUGGUGCAUUUUUUUCAGCAUUUCCUUCUCAACCUCCUCCCUUUGGAAUGACUUAUUUCAAGAAACCAAUUGGUCGGGCUUCGGAUGGCAGGCUCAUCAUUGAUUUUGUUGCUCAAGCUAUUGGAAUUCCAUAUUUGAAUCCAUAUCUAGAAUCAAUAGGAUCUGAUUUUAAACAUGGAGCCAACUAUGCUACAUUGGAUUCCUAUGUGCUUUUUCCUAAUACUCCAGUCUAUAUAUCUGAUAUUAGCCCUUUCUUCCUUCCUAUUCAGCUCAGCCAAAUGAAACAAUUUGUCACCAAAGUUACAGAAGCUGAUCAACAAGGUACAAAAUGCAGUUCAGAUACAAAACUUCCUUCGCCGGAUAUAUUUGGAAAAUCUCUAUAUACAUUAUAUAUUGGCCAAAAUGAUUUCACUAACAAGUUAGCAGAUAUUGGCAAAGGUGGAAUGGGAGAGAUUCUCUCUCAAAUUGUUUCACAAAUUGCUGCAACCAUUAAAGAGCUGUAUGAUCUUGGUGGAAGAACAUUCAUGGUAUUUAAUCUUGCACCAGUAGGGUGUUACCCUGCACUCCUAGCCGGGAUUCCUCGUAAUAGUACAGAUCUCGAUGAAUUUGGGUGUAUGGUACCUUACAACAAUGGUGUUGUUAACUAUAACAAACUAUUGAAGGAGGCAUUGAAACAAACCAGAGAAAGUUUAUCAAAUGCUUCUGUCAUUUAUGUGGAUAUCUACAGUGUUCUAUUGGAGCUUUUUCAGCAUCCUUCUUCUCAUGGACUUGAGUAUGGUACAAAAGCAUGUUGUGGCUAUGGUGUAGGUGAGUACAACUUCGAUCCUAAAGUAUAUUGUGGAUAUAAUAACAAGAUAGAUGGGAAAAAAGUGACAGCAAAAGCAUGUGAUGAUCCUAACAAGUAUGUGAGUUGGGAUGGGAUACACACCACAGAAGUUGCAAACAAGCUUAUAGCAUAUGCUGUUCUUAAUGGAUCAUAUUCUGAUCCUCCUUUCCCAUUUCAACAACAUUGUGAUCUUCAACAAAUAGGUUGAUCCUCU